CGGCAGUCUGUCGCGCGUGCCGUCGCAGUGAAGGAGUACCGGCGCGAGUGGGGAUCGCAGUGCUCCGUGCUUGUGUUUGUGCGGUGUUCUCCGCGGGAGUGCGCGCGGGUAUGUGAUGCGACCGGGCAGCCAUGAGCUCCGCGACGCUGGAGUGGCCGCGCGUGGCCGGGGACCUGGCGCGGGCCCGCGAGUUCGGCUUCAACUUCGUCGACGACGACCUCGUCAAGUGCGAGUCUGACGACGCGCCGUUCGGCCGGUACGGCGGCGUGUUCAUGGUGAACGAGGCGGAGGGGCGCGCCGAGUGCUCGGUGGUGCUGGACCCGCUGCCCGUGGGGCUGCUGCGGUCCUUGUCGGAGCACGGGGGGCGGGUGUGCCUGCCCUCGCGCGGUGACGGGGGCGACCCCGAGGUGUGCGGCCUGCUGCGCGACCUGGUGUCCGCCGUCGAGGGCGAGGAGGCGGCUCCCGAGCGCCGCCGCUCGCGCCACCGCAAGUCCGACAACCCCCGCAAGGCGGUGCGGAGGCGGCGCGACCGCAGCGGCGGCGGCGGCGGCUGCAAGAAGCGCCGCAAGAGGUCCACCUCGUCCUGCUCCACCGCCUCCUCCGGCCGCCACCGGCACCGCCACCGCAGCCCCGCCCCCGAGGAGCAGGAGCAACAACCCCCCGUCCCCAGUGUGAACCCUAUAUUCGUGUGGGUGAAGCAGGAGGGUACGCGCAUUGUGGAGGUUCUGUGCGAGGAUUACGACAAGCGGAACCGCAUCAAGAUCCGCAAGACGGCGACAGGCUGGCGCGCGAUACCGCGCACCGAGCGGCCUCUGUGUGGAGUAGUGCCUAGUUCCGCCGACCACCACGAGAAAGCGCCACCGUCGCGGCCGCCAGAUGGCAGCACCGACUGCGCCGCCGCGCUCUGUGGAGGGGUGUCGGAGGAGGGGGAGCGUGCGUUCGACUCCAUGGAGGAAGGGGAGGAAGAAGACGAAGAACACAACCACCUUGCGAUGCAACAGAAGACGAGCGGAGGGAGUUAUGACCCCGGGAAAUUUGAAUUUUACGAAGACGAAUGUGACUCGCCCAAUUUGGACGUUUGCGAAAACGGGUGCGGCUGUUCCAAGGCGGAUGGCUGUGGGGACGAAUGCAGUUCCCUUAAAAAUGACGCUUGUGAAAACGAGUGCGGCUUGUCUUCAGCGGAUGUGUGUGAAAGUGUACAUGAUUCGAAUGAAACUGACAUGUGUGAUGAUGAAUGCGACUCGGCGAGGAUAGACGAGUGCGAUAAUAGGCAUGUUUUUCCUGAGCAGAGAACACACGAUAAGGAUUUUAGUGUUUUGAAAGUCAACAACUGUUCUGUUAUGGAUACGUGCGAUAAAGACUCCAGCAGGUCUACACCUGUUGCUGAUCGUUGUGAAAUUAAUGUUAAAUUUCCCGUUGAUGAGAACUGUGAAAAUGAAUCUGAUUCAUUAAAAGUGCAGACGUUUCAAAACAAAUGUGAUAGUUCCGAAAAUGACGAGUGUGAAAAUAAUGUAGUAAAUGCAAUUCCGGAAGUGCAAGCUGAACCAACUGAUCUCAGUUUACCCAAAAAAUGUAAAUAUGAGGACGAUCCCAUCCCUCGUAAACGUAUUCUUUCAAGGACGUCCUCUCUCGUGUUGCCUGCAGUGCCAUCCCCUCAACCUAAAGCCUCUCCCAAAUUAACAGAACAACCCACGAGUACAGUUGCAUUGCCAGCCCACCAGCAUAAUCCUCAAAGAAAAUCCGUAUUCUUGGAAUCUCUACUAUCAACUCCUAGAAGGUGCCAUCAAACCCCUGUGAAGUGUGUGGACUCCUUGCCAGAACUAAGGCCACUCGACCUUGGUUCUCAGAUUGGACAGAGUUCCGGGAGCCCCAGCCCAAUUGUUAGUUGUUCCGAGGACAAAAAACCACUGGCGAGGUUUCCGACGGAUGUGCAAGAGCAACCAAAAGUAAACAGCAUUCGGAAAGAAGACAUUACGUUGAAAAACCUUCUGAGCCGCAAACCUAAGCUGAGUGCCAGACCGCCAUGCCAAACGAGUCCGAAGUGUGAUCCAGCAAUCAAUAUUAAAAAGUCUGAUGAACAUAUUGUGGACUCCUCCAAGUCUAACAAGUCUCGACUCCUUGAAUUACUUACGUCAGAACCAGCAUCGACAACACCACUUUCACCCUCUGUGUCUGAUCCCGAUCCCUUAACCCAGCUAAAGACUGUAUUAUCCGAUCCCAGCAUUGUAGUUCCUGACCCGCUACUGGUCCCUCGCAACAGACUGCAAGAGUUGGUAUCUAGUCCGGCCAAGGAGAUCCCCCGUCUUCUUGCGAUGAGGCCUGAACUGAGGUUACCCGAGGUCCUAUCCCACCCAGCAUUGCUGCAAGAUCCUGACCUGCUAGUGGUGUCUCUCGCUCACCUCCAGAACCUGCUGCAGAACUCCAGUAACAUCAACCAGGAGGAAGCAGCAGCAUACAGCACCUUGGGUGCGUUCCUCGAGUGGCAGUGGUACCAGAACCAGCAGAUGGCGAUGGCGACUGAGCUCCUGGACUCUCAGCUGAAGCAGCACGAACAGUGUGGCAGCAUCUCCCAAGGAGACUUUGACACUGCAGCAGCCGCUGCCUUUAAUCAGAUGCUGUGGCUGCCGUAUGUUAACCAGCUGGAAGCGGCAUUUGGAUUUGGGAAGAAGCCGAAGCUUAUGAACAUGCUGAGGACUGUGAUGCCUUCUGGGUACCCUUCUCCUCAGAGCGUCAGAGGACAGACACACCAGACACCGGUGCUACCCCCAGCAGCAUUUGCAUCGCCUACAGCCAUAGACUACAAGAGUCAGCUGGAGCAACAGAUGUUGUCUCUGUGGCACAAAGCUACAGUUCAGUCAGGCUCCACGACUGCAGCAGUUCCUAACAACAGGCAUUCCAAAGGCAAUUUGGGAUCAGCAGCUCAUGGCAAAAACCAUGCCAACAACAGGCAUUCUAGCAGUGACAAGCGUGCGUCUUCUGCUAGAACUAGUCCAAUAUCCCCGAACUACCAUCAUCAUCAUCAGCAGCAGCAGCAGCAGCAGCAGCAGCAGCAGCAGCAGCAGCAGCAGCAGCAGCAGCAUCAGGAUCAACAGCAGAGGCAACAGCUCAACUUGGCAGCAAUGAAUAGCCAUUACUACCCCAACAAUGGUUACAUACAGACUGUGCCUCAGUACGAGUACAAUCAGCAAAGAAAUCGCCAGCCACGAGCCAGACAGAGUCGAGCAGAAAUGCAAUACAAACAGCUGAAAACAGAGCUCCCUUCACCCACCGAGACGGAUUACGGUAGGGAAAGGCAAGCGAAAACUUCCGUUACGUGCAAAUCGUUGCUGAACCUCUUGGCAGACCCGAGGAGGCACCAGUACAAGCAGGAAGUGAGCAGCGAAGCAGCAGACAGGAAGAGACUGACCCCUUCCCCCUCACCCCACCAGAAACUGAGCACCAGUGACCCUCCAGUACCCCACCUGUUACCAAUCCAAGACAGCCCUGCGAACCACUCUUCCCAGCCACCACCUUUUGUUUCGAAACUGAAGGUGAAGAACCUCGUGGAUCCAAAUAUAACGCCAAAGUUGCUGAAAGAAGAGCUGAUGCCAGGCCUCCUGAGUCCGACUAAUGGUGUUAAGACUGACGAGCUAACCUCACCCCUGCAGUCGGCACCUCUGUGGCACCCUCUCUUUGGAAGUAAGAAGAACCAUUACAACAGCCAGUGGAAGUGGACGACUGUGAUGACUAACGGGGACUGAGACUCGCGGGGCCGACGGCUCGAAAGAGCGCCGUGACGCGUGGGGACUGCGUGCUGGUACGCGGGUCGCCCCAGUGUCUGGAGCCACUGGCAAGGUACUGGCAAGGUACUGGCAACAUCCUCCCGGUGCUCGCACCGGGACCAGCGACCGCUUUCCCCCCCUGGGGACCUCGGCGCGGACCAGAGAGGCGUGCAAGGGAAAGUAAAUGCGUGUAUUUAUUUUGCCAGGAAUUUUAAGACUGUGGGCGUUCAUCGGUGCAGGGGAGCGAAGAAAAUGCAUUUGUUAAGUCUGUAUCUCGUGUACUGCUUGAAGGCUAGUAGAUUCCCGAGGAAAUCAUUCUGGAAAACUUGAAUAGUCGUGAAGUUUGCAAUGUUACCAUCACAAUAUUGUUGACUGAAUGGGGUACAAAAUUUCUGUUUAUUUAUUUUAUGAAAUCUUUUUUUUUUGUACUACGUGUUCCUUGUAGAAAAAUUAAGUAAGUUGUAAAAUGUGCCCGCACCAAGUGUAAACUACUUGUACCAAAAAAUUGUUCUUGAAAGUUAAUUUAUACAGCUUCUGAUUGCCUUAGCUUUUUCAGUGAAUCUAUAUUCAAGACAAUCUACCAACCAGCAUGGUUUCUAAAAUCUGAAAGCAAUUACUAGAAAUUACAGAUUUUAGGUAGGAUAUGUUCAGUUUGUUUUUUAUUUGCCACCGAGCUAUGAAGUAUUGUUUGAAAUGGAUGUUGACUUAAAAUAGAGUAAACUAUUUUGUACUAUUUGUUUUGUCAAAUACUUAAAUCUAUCUGAGCUUUGUAAAGUAGGUGUCAUUGGCUGCAUUUUGUUUUAAAAUAAGGAAACUUUUGACGCUGUGAUGUAGACUUAUAAGCCUAAUGUUUGAGCUUCUAAUUUGUGAUUUUCUAAUUUUUUUUUAUGUAAGCAUACAAAGAAUAUUUUUGUGCCAUUCAUAGUUUUAGAUACAUAUUAGUUUGUUACGAUGGUCUUUCGUUUUGUUGCUUUUCAAUAGAUGUUGUAGUUUUGAAGAAAAUAUAUCCAUUAUUACAUAGAUUACAGUAGGCUACAUACAAUUAUUUUGUUGCGUGUUGUACGUGUGGCAUGUGCAUUUGUAACAUACUUUUAGUUAUAUAUGAUAUGGUGUGCAGUCUUUCCUGUUGGCUAUGAAUAUCUUUGUGUGUUGUAAUUAGAGGUAAAAUCUGUUUUAUUACAAUUAUGUUGACAUGUAGAGUAUGUGUGGAAGUAAUUUUCAAAUACCUAGUAGUUAUUGGAUCAUGAGCAAAUAAUACCAGCUGUAAAUAGUAUAUCAUGUAUAAAAAUGCAAACUAAACAGGAGACAAUAAAGCUAUAUAAAGUGCAAGAUAGUUCCUGAUGCUAAAUGAUCAUGUAUGAAAUUCAAUUGUUUUUAAAGCUAGCUGUCAGCUAAAUAAAAAAAAAAUCGGGGGACUUCCAUUUUGAUUUUAUUAACUCCUUUACAAAAUUAUAAUCCCCAAGACAAUAAAUUGGUUAAAUUUCUGUGGUACAUUACAAGUGCAAUGACAUUACCAUUUUAUAAUUAUAGUUAUUAAAUAGCAGUCAUAAUUGAGUUUUAAAAACAAACAUAUUCUUAAACCUAGGUAUAUUUCUUUAAAAACAUGUUACACGUAUCUCUCUGGUAUUUGAAUUAUUUCAGAGCUGUUUAGGAAAAAUUUAACUUUUGAGGACGAAGGACCACUGUUAACAUAUAAAAUUGUAAAAUGUAACAUUGUACAUAGUGUACAGAUAUGACAAACAGUGGCUAGUAAAUGCUAGUGUUUAUGUAUGUUGGAACAGUUUGAAUUAUUUCUAGUGGCUACUAUUCCUUACAUUGGAAGAGUGAGUGCUAGAUGAGUUCUUUAUGAUGUUAACACCAAUUUCCAGUUGAUUGCUGUGUAGAUUAUUUUUUUCUCCAAAAUUAAGAUAACUUUUUUGAAGUGAAACUUCUUUGCUCAGGGGGCUACAAUUUUUGAGUGUUAUGAAAAUUCAGAUUGCAAGAGGGAAAUAGAUAAGUAGAAGGUCGGGGAACCGGUAGAAGAGUAAAUUGCAGAGAGAGAUAGAAAUGAUGCAGCCUACUCGCAUACUCACACAUUUGCAUACUUAUACAUUUGCACACUUGCAAAUAUUUGUGUAACAGCAUAAUUUUACGCUUGCAAACUUUUUUGAUCCGCGAUAUCAGCUAAGUAAAAUGAUGUAUCCUAUACAUUGUAGAGUCCCGGAAAUUUCGCAGAUUCCUCUGGCCUCAGGAUAGAAUUCAAAGUUAUAGGUGUGCUCGACCCAUGUUUACUUUCCCAUUGGUUGAUUUCUUAGCGAUAACAUUUUUAUCCUUGUUAUUUGGCACUACCUGAUUCGCUUACUUCUCUCCUAGCUGGACAUCGUUGGCUCACGGUCGUAGAGGGGCGUGGCCAGAUAACUUGGGUCCAAUCAUGAACACAGUGCGACAGUGUGGAGGUUUGCAUUCUAGCUUGCGACUAAAUAAAUGUGCGAAAAUUCCGUGGCUCUACUAAUAAUAUAAUCAGCAAGAAGUUUCUUUACUUUCGUGCAUAGACUCCAUAUACACGUUUUUUUUGUGUUUGCAUGGGAAACUUGAAUACAUCAUUUGCUCAUUAAUUGUUUUGAGACUGCCCAUUAUAUCACUGUUUUUUUUAACUAACUCUAUUGCGCAAGUAUCUACAUAGGCCAAUUUCUUAAAACAUGUUGCUUUUGCUAUCAAUUUUGGUUGGUUAAAGGAAUGCUUAUAAUAAAUACAUUGUGAGGACACAAAACAGGAAAAUUUAUCAGUGUGUCAUUGGAGGUUUCCUUUUUUUUCUCUCUCAAAAGUACAAGGAUGCGGAAAUUCUUAGGUCUACUAUAAUAAUUGAAUAAGUACUAAUAGUAAAAAGAAUUGUAUAAAAAAGGCAUGAUUCAUAAAUCAUACCAGUAACUUUUUUUCAAUAGAACAUUAAAAUAACUAAGCACUCACUCUUUGGUUGGAAUUAACAAUGCUAUGAGUAUGUUAUCAAGAUCAGUUACAGUUUGAGCUCAGAAUAUUGAAUGCAAAAGAUGACAUUUCAUCAUUGUACACAAUGUCACUAUGUAAAUGUUACUUUAGUGAAUGUUCCUCGUAAAGAAAGAUGGGAUGUGCAAUUGUGUGUUGCAUUGCAGCUAUAAAAGGAACUUUUUUUUUCACUCUCUAUUAGUAUUGUGAUGCUCAAAUAUUUGUGUAUUUAGUAACUUAAAACAUUUUUGAAACAUCAAUUUAUUAGUUAUAAAUAAUACAUUUAUUACAAUUAUACGAAGCUUAUUCCAUAAAUAGCCCAUAGAAUUGGCAUGUAAGAAUUAACAUUUAUUUUAAAAUAAUUUAUAAAAAAAUUCUUUUAUUGCCAGUUUUUUAAAAUCUAUAACUUGAUUCAACUAUUAGGACAUCAAAGUCAUAAUUUUUAGCAGUCUUUCUCAUCCAAAUGUCUGCAGUGCAAAUUAUGAGAAGGUUAGUAUUUUAUACAAGAGACUCAUUUAUGUGGUGAUGUGCAAUAUGAAAUGGUGCUAGUAUAACUGAUUUCAAUUUUGUAUAGCAUAUUUGUAUUUUUUUAAACCAAGUACAUACAAUUAAAUUUAAAAAAAAUUGUUUCAUCAGCUUUGAAUAAAUAGGAGGCAUUAAGUAUUAAAGAUAUUACAAGCAUGUAAUUGACAUAAAGUAAUUUUCAGGCAAUCUAGAUCUACCUCCUAAAUAAGUGCUACACACUCAUAACAUCUAAAAUGUAGUCACACACAUUCAUACAAGAAAAUAAUGCUCUCUUAAUUAAUUCAAAAGUUUUGAACUUGACAAAUACACUGGAAAGUCUUCUGUGUGUACCGUAUUAUAUUUUAUAAUUAAACAACACACUUAACUCAUGUUUCACUCAGAGUUUUCAAAACUCUAUCUAUUAGCUGACUAAAUACACUUCGGAAUAUUCUACAAAACUUCUCUUUUCCAGAUGGCUAGUAUUUUUAACUGUGUAAAGAUUUAUAGGUACAGUAUAUAAUGGAAAUGGAUUUCCGUAUUUAUUUGCUUUACUGUAUGAGAAUAGAAACACAUUUAUAACAUAUAGCCAAAUGGGAUUUUACUUCAUAUAUAUAAAUUUCAUACCCUUUUUUUGUAUACGAAGUAUGUAAAAAGUUACAGACUGUAUUGAACACUUCCAUUUUUUUUCCCCCUCUUUUCAUAGUUUUUGAAGGGUCUUUGUAUUUUGGUCAUUUUUAGAGUUAAACAAAUCUGAAUUUAUUGUUAGUGUUUUCCAAAUUUUUUGUAUGUAAUCUUGAUAUAACUUGGUUAUAUGUAAAUCGAAAUGUGUGAAUCAGUUCAAAUUUAUUUGUUACAGUCUUUUCUGUUCCUAAAAGCAGACUGUGCCGUUAAGUUUACAAAAUGAGGAGUGGGUUGAAAAUUUCACUUUACUGUUUGUAGUAGUAUUCGUAAUGAGUUAUCUUUCGUUAAUUUUUUUCAUUAUACUGUACAUAAUAUACAUAAUGUGAAAGCACAAUAAUUUAACUGCUGUUACACAGCAUCCAAGUUGUUGGUUGACUUAGUGUGAAUGAGUGUAUUCAUUCAUGAUGCGAUUUGACGUGAAAAGAAUUUUCUAUGUAAAUAUUUUGUAAUAUAAAACUAGUCCUGAAUAUUUGUACAUAUGAUAGCAAGUUGGAGAACUCUUCAAGAUAAAUGUUACUUUCCUCGUUUGAGAGUCAGCGUAGUUUUUGUUAUUGUCUUAGGAAGUUGGGUUUUAUAAAUGUGUUUUUGAGCUGUACAUGAUGAUCUAUCAGGCUGAAAUGUAAUAUGUAGGUAAAUGCUCAGUAUUAUAAGACUGUAGGUAGGUAAGGAUAAUAAAAUAACAUCAUAUUGUGGCAUGCUUAAUGAGUGCUGGAGUUGAUCCCAAAUUGUUGUAAGUUUGUAAGUGGGUAAAAUACUGAUGGAUGUUUUAUAUCGUUCACAUGUGUGUUUAUAACUGUAGUUUAAUGUUGCCAAAACUAUUUUUUAAGAAAUUUGAGUAUUUCAUUUUUUUUGUUGACAUAAUUAAAUUCCUCAAUUGUUUCCAUUGUUUUUUAAAGAGUAUUUUGAAACCUAUUGCAAUAAACUAAAAAAAAUUUAUGAUCAAUAUUUGUCCUGCCUUUAGGUUCAUGCAGCUUUUCAAAAUUUUCCUUCCUAGUUUGGUAAAUUUUAGCAUGAAAUUGAUUCGUAUCCAGAAACUCUAAAUGGAUGAUAUGAAUUACCAAAAUAUACAAUUAGCCAAUAGUAGAUAAGUAUUGAAACACUGAAAUAAGGCCAGGCAGUAAGACAUUUGUGAUCAGUAGUGUUGUAUAUGGCCGGCAUUAAAGAAUAAGGUAAACAAUGCUUAGUUUAAUGUACUGUUUCUCCUCACACAACUGAGUGUUUGUUGUCCCGGCAACCAACUGGAUCCACAAUUGUUUUUUUUUUAAACACUGUGUAUUUUUUUUUAUCUAAAGCUUAGUGUUUUCUUGUAAAAUUUUAUUAGUCUGAACCCAUGGCGUCACAAGUUUCCAUUAUCGCUCAGCCUAGAGUAGUGUUGUUACUGUAAAUGAAAAUGAAAUGUGUAAUUAUGAUGGUUGGUGCGCACUAAUGUAAGAGUGCUGUUGUGCUUUUCUUGCAAAGGUUUUCUGUUGGACAUAAAGUGAGUCUUUUCUUAAUUACCAAAGAUGAUUUUAAAGUUUAUUAUGUGAAUCUUUAAAAUGUGCACUGUAUAUAAGUAUACGUGUUUGAUCGUAUUGAGCGAAUGUUCAGUCUUGCAGUAUUGUAUUAAUUGCAGGGAUGUUUUUCUUUCUGCGAAAAACAUACUUUUUUUUUUUUUCACUGUAGUUAUAUUAAGUGUUUAUUUGACCACAGAGUAAAUUCAUUAUUAUUGUUAUAUUAUGAUAUCAUUAAAGAAAUUUAAAAAAACAAAUAAUAUUUCCAAAAUAAUAUCAAUCUGUGAUGAUCACAUAUUUAAAGGGGGAAAAAAAUGUUCCAUGGAAAUGCAAUGUUGGUCUUCAAAAGAUGAAAGUAUAUGUUAAAAUAAAUAUUAUUAGCGAGUUCUUAAAAAAAUUCCAACAUGGAACCAAGACUUUGUAUAAUGUGUAAACUAUUCUGUAUGUCAAUGGUUAUAUUAUUCAUAAAUAUAUAUUGUGUACAUAUAAAGUGGCACAUUGAAAUGUAACCCAAGCAUUUUAUUUGUCAGUUUCAUCUUCUCCUCCCUCAAACUUGCCCGUCCUUGUCUCUCGUUCAUUGUGUUGUAGAAAUGCUUGAUAUAAACUGUUCCAGCAGAGAUCCACUGUAGAACUGUCUCAGAUUUUGUACAUUUUAUUAAGUAAAAGAAUCUAAAUUUUGGUCCUUGAA